GCCUCCGGGAAGAAGAUGCUCGGGCCAGCAGCCACAGCCAGCCCCGCCGCCGCUACCUCCCAUGCCCGCCGCCCCUCGAGUCUCCACUAGCGCCCGCCUCCGCCUCCCACCUCCGGCCCCCCGCCCCGAGCAGGGUCUGGGGGGCUCGGCCCUCUGCCCGGGGUAGCAAACAAGGGGGUCCCGUCCCUCCAGUGGCGUGCCCAGUCCCGGAGCUCCCUGAUCUUGAGAGAGAACCCACCCCUCAGUUUUCUCCAGACCCCAUCGGAGAGACCCCCUUGGCCCUCCCACACUGCUCACAUCCGUUCUCUUACCUCUGUCAGCCCCCCAGAACCGGCUCCCUCCCUCCUUCCCUCUCCGGGGGUUCCCCCUCCCCCUCCCUUCGCCACCGCCCCCUCCCCCUCCCACAUCCCCUUCCCUCCCCCUCCCCUCCCCCGCCCCCCCCCACCAUGAGGAUGAUGGCCGCCGGCGCGGUGCACGGCCUCUUCACGGCCUCCGCGGCCCCGCAGCCGCCGCCGCCCCCGCCGCCGCCGCCGCAGCCCCAGCCUCCCCAGCAGCCGUCGCCGCCGCCACAGCAGCCGCCGCCGCCGCCGCCGCAGCCGCCGCAGCAGCAGCAGCAGCCGCCGCCCCAGGCCCCCCCCAUGGAGCCCGAGGCCCCGGAUUCUCGCAAGAGGCCCCUCGAAACGCCCCCCGAGGUGGUCUGCACCAAGCGCAGCAACACGGGAGAGGAAGGUGAAUACUUCCUGAAGGUGCUGAUCCCUAGCUACGCAGCGGGCUCCAUCAUUGGCAAGGGCGGCCAGACCAUCGUGCAGCUACAGAAGGAGACGGGAGCCACCAUCAAGCUCUCCAAGUCCAAAGACUUCUAUCCCGGAACCACAGAACGAGUAUGCCUGGUACAAGGCACAGCAGAGGCCUUGAAUGCUGUGCACAGCUUUAUUGCCGAGAAGGUCCGAGAAAUCCCACAAGCGAUGACCAAACCUGAGGUGGUCAACAUCCUUCAACCCCAAACCACGAUGAACCCCGACAGAGCCAAGCAGGCCAAGCUGAUCGUCCCCAACAGCACGGCGGGCCUGAUCAUCGGCAAGGGUGGAGCAACAGUGAAAGCUGUGAUGGAACAGUCGGGGGCCUGGGUGCAGCUGUCCCAGAAGCCAGAGGGCAUCAACCUGCAGGAGCGCGUGGUGACAGUCAGCGGCGAACCCGAGCAGGUGCACAAGGCUGUGAGCGCCAUCGUGCAGAAGGUACAGGAAGACCCCCAGAGCAGCAGCUGCCUCAACAUCAGCUACGCCAACGUGGCUGGCCCCGUGGCCAACUCCAACCCCACCGGCUCACCAUAUGCCAGCCCUGCCGAUGUGCUGCCUGCCGCGGCCGCUGCCUCGGCUGCCGCCGCCUCCGGCCUACUGGGCCCUGCGGGGUUGGCGGGCGUGGGCGCCUUUCCUGCCGCGCUGCCUGCCUUCUCAGGCACCGACCUGCUGGCCAUCAGCACGGCGCUUAAUACGCUGGCCAGUUACGGCUACAACACCAACUCCCUUGGCCUGGGCCUCAACUCGGCCGCAGCCUCUGGGGUCCUGGCCGCUGUGGCCGCUGGUGCCAACCCUGCCGCCGCCGCCGCUGCCAACCUCCUCGCCUCCUACGCGGGUGAGGCGGGAGCCGGGCCGGCCGGAGGGGCUGCCCCACCUCCACCCCCGCCACCCGGAGCCCUAGGGUCCUUUGCAUUGGCCGCGGCCGCCAAUGGCUACCUUGGGGCCGGGGCAGGCGGUGGCGCCGGCGGAGGGGGUGGCCCACUGGUGGCCGCCGCAGCCGCAGCCGGGGCGGCUGGUGGCUUCCUGACGGCAGAGAAGCUGGCCGCUGAGAGUGCCAAGGAGCUGGUGGAGAUUGCGGUGCCUGAGAACCUGGUGGGAGCCAUCUUGGGCAAGGGGGGCAAGACGUUGGUGGAGUACCAGGAGCUGACAGGCGCCCGAAUCCAGAUCUCCAAGAAGGGCGAAUUCCUGCCAGGCACGCGGAACCGGCGGGUCACCAUCACGGGCAGCCCCGCGGCCACGCAAGCCGCUCAAUACCUCAUCAGCCAGCGGGUCACCUACGAGCAGGGAGUGAGGGCCUCAAACCCCCAGAAAGUGGGAUGAGGCCUGUGGUGUGCGCUCCCACCCUUCUCCCUGCUCCUCCUCUUCCUCCUCCUCUUCCUCCUCCUCCUCCUCCUCCUCCUCCUCCCCAACUCUUGACCUCAGCUCGGUGUGGUCCUGCUCUUCCCGGGAUUGGGGCUGGGGUAGGUCUGACGCGCCCCCCUCCCACUGGUAGUCAUAGGCAGGAUUGAGAAAAGGCCGGGGGCGGAGCCCAGAAGCUCCCUCCCUGGCCCUGAACUGACCCCUCCUUCCUCCCUCCCCGCGCUUGGCUGGGCCUGACUCUCCUCUCCCAGGGCCCAGGUCUGUGUGAUAUCUGUAUAUAUUGCAUUUUGUUGAUUUUAAUAGAAAACAAAGCGUUAUUUUCUCUUUCUUUCCCUCCUUUUUUUUCCAGUAAGGACUUUUUUCCCCCCUUUAUAAGUUUUUGUUUCCAUAUGGGAGGAGGGGAGGGAGCCUCUGGGUCACCUAGAAUGAGGGGCCUCCCCAAAAUAACACCCCACCUCUCUUGCUUGCAGUUCCAGAUCGAGGGAUGUAAUGGGAGGAGAGGUAGCAGGAGCCUGAGCUGACUUGGGGUGCUGGGAGCAGGGACCCCAGAGUCCCCAGAUGGUCUCAGCUACUCUCCCCCCACUACAGUCGCCCCCACCUAGGUGGGGCUUUUAACUCUUUCGUUGUCAGGUUGUGUGGGGAGGGGUGGGGGUCUGCUGCUGGGAGUGAGGCCGGCGCUCGGACUGGGCCAAACCAGUGGGCAAGACUCUUGUGAAAGUCUGGAGUGACCGCCUGUGGCAUCUCCUGUAGCUUUUCCUGAAGGAACAGGAAUGAUGUGAUGUAACGUUGUGAUGUCACUGAAUCAAGUACUUUCUGGGGCGCUUCUGGCGUUCCUCAUGAUGUCACAGGAAGUCGUUCCCCAGAGGUCGCUUCCUGUGAUGAUAGGAGAGGCAGGUUCUUCCUCCGAUGUCUCAGCGAGCCUUCCUGGAAGGUUAUUUUAAUGAUACCAUGGGGGUGUGCACUUCCUGUGGUGCUUCCAGGGUACCUCCUGUGACGUCAUGGGGAUGAAGCAUGCACUUCCUGUAUUGGGCGGUGGCCAGUUACCCACCCUCCUUCUCCAGCCCCCCACGCCUCUUUGGUGGGUCUUGGCCUGAGGGUCUUCCUAGGAGGAGAACGAGGGGCGGGGCUUGGAUCUAAUCUGAAAGACUCAAAGAAAAAAGACCUGGCAUUGUCAGGGUCCCCUGCACCAGAACACACCAAGGCUGUGAACUCCCCUGGCAGGGAGGGGUGGGAGAUGGAGCUGGUGGAAACUGUUACAGACCCCCAUCCCCACCCUGCCUCUUGUGUGCAUGCUCGUGUCUGCGUGGCUUUGUUUCAUGGAGUCUGGUGAGCCCAGCGUGUGGUGGCUCUGUGGGGCCUGUGUGGCCCCUCGAGGAGUUCGGUGAGCCACGCUAGGGCCCCUUGGCCAAAACACUUGGCGUGGUCUAAUGGACUAGAUUGGCUUGUGGUUUCCAGCGAGCUGAAGCACUUUGGUGGUGUCUGACGAAUCAGAAUGUUUUGGUGUUCUCACCAUGGGCCCUGAGGAGCUAGAAUGUUCUGAUGGAAGCUGCCAAGCCAGGCAGCCCUAAGAGUUCGUUUGGGAGUGGCUCCUGAGCGCUGCGGCUGUGGUCAGCUCACUGGCCUGGUUCGCAGGCUGAAAUCUAGGCCUGUCCACGCUAUGGACUUAGGAUAGCUGAGACCCGCCUCCACCCCCUCCCCCUCGGAGACCACCUCCAUUUCCUCCAACCCAAAGCAGGGCCCCAGGUGCCCUGGUUCCAUCAUCAGCAUCUCUGGGGGAGGGGCACCCCAUGCCCACCCUCUCCCCCAUUUGCCCCCUCCUAGGUCUUCCAGACCCUUCUCCAUGGCUUUGGGGGAAUCCGGCCUCCUCAUCUCUCUCCCAAAAAGGAGGGGAAAAAGCCAGAGACAAUUCCCACCUCUAAAGCCUGGGAGGCCCCUGCCCCUUUCUAGAGAGCCACCCCCAAAUCAAAAUGUGAAAAUCCCUAGAAAGCAAUAGCCUUCAAGGUACCUUGCACUGAAUUUCCUACCCCUGCCCUUCCGCCUGAUGGGAGGCUGUAGCUUGGGCACUAGGGUGACUUUUUCCAUGCCCUCUCCAUCUCCAGGGUGGUGGGGGCAGGCCCCACUUCCCCACCCCCUCCCUCCCAUCGCUGCUGCCCCCAGCCGCCCCUAAUCUCCAGACUGAACCCAGAUGGAGAUCUGAGUGCCAAAACAAUUCUUGAUGUAAUUUUGUACAUUAUCUUCUGCAGUUGGGGGCUUCUGAGGUUGGAGGUGGCGGUGGCCCUGUGGGCCUUUGCUCCUUCCUGCCUGCCAAAAAGACUUUACAGUAUUUCACAGUGUCUUCACCCACGUGUGGGUGUGGCAGUAUCUAGCUGGAAUAUCCCCCCUACUACUCCCAUCCCCAGGCCCCCAAGAGGAGGGGAAGGAGCCAGGGAGAGGUAAAGUAAGGUCUGGGAGUGGGGAGGUGGGAUUUGAAAGCGCUCAUUUGCAUAUCAUUUUGCAUUCUCAGCUGCCCUCUGCUUGUCAGAUGCUUUCUGUACUCAUUCAUCCAGUAAUCCUCUCACACAGACACGUCUCUGGAGGCUGGGCCUCCUAAAAAGUGUUCCCUUGGGGUAUCUGUGUGACAGUCCCCUCCCUGUUCACAUUUCUCGGGGAUCCCCUCCCCCACCAGCCAGGGUUAUCUGAAAGGUAGCUUGCUAGCUCAGUGAGCUAGUUAUCUCACCAUGCUGGGGAGUACCUACCUUGCCCCAUUUCACGCUGGGAAAGUUACCAUCUUCCCUAUCUCUUGAAAGUCCCUUCUGCAAUCUGACCUCAAUCUUGUGUGCUGCAGUUUGUCCAGAGGGGACACAGACAUGGGGUCAGAGAUGGGGAUCGUUGAAAAACCCAUCGCCUCUUUUUUCCCCUGUGAGCCAGUCAGGUCUCAGAGACUCUGAGUGGCCUCCUUGCACCCUGCUCUUCGGCACCCAUUAGGUGCUUAAUAAGUGUUUGCUGCAUCGAAUCGUCGUCUCCCUGUUCCUUUCCAUUUGCCCUCCAGCCCCCAGCUCUUCCCCUGAGCGUUUCCCUCUCUCUCUCUGGCCCACUCUGGCAUUCUACAUCCUCUCCCUGUGGCUCCCAGUGUUGCCUGUCCUGUCUCUAUCUUUGUCCAUGUUUGUCUUUCCCCUCUCCUCUCAACUCCACCCACCAUUUCCCCAUCGAUUAAAAAAAAAAAGUGCCAAACUUCCUUGGAACUGAGCCGCUCUGGGGGAAAGGAACCUCAGAUAGGGGGGCAGGACACGGGACCAUUUCUCUCUGAGGAGGCCCCUAAGGCGCUGAAAAAGUCUGUGAACAUUUAGCUCAGUUGGGUCCCCUGCCUCACCCUUCCCACGCUGAGUUUUUCUUAGAAUCUUUGUAAGAAAAAACAAAAACAAAAACAAAAAAAAACCUCCCCUUCCUUUAACCCCUAACCCUUUGGAUUCCCCCAAGUUCCACCAGCCAGGGAGAACCCCGCUGGCCUCCUUGGGGCAAAUCUGUAGAAAUUGGGGUGGGGGAGGGGAGACAAGCUCAGCCCUCCUCUGCUGACCCAAGGGGUGGUGCCAGCUGGAUUCCCUAGAGGACCUCAAAGCACUUAGGAGAAGAAGGUUCAAUGUGCCAAAUUCACCUCCUUCAUCCCCCAUUUGGGGAUGAGAGGGGGCUCUGAGCCAACCUGCCCCAGCCACCUUCUGUCCUGUCCCAGCCACCUCUACACAGGCAAGGGGGCUUCACUGCAAUAAUUAUUAGUGAUGAGAAGGUGAAGAUCGUGCCAUACGAAUCUGCCCUAACACCUGCCCUGGGCUAGUAAAUGGGAAUUACAAGUAUCACCAUUGGAAUUUAAAGAGUCGAUUUAUAGACGGUCGGGGACCUGUACUUGGAACAAUACGGUACCGCUCUCCUCUGAGUGGUAUUUUUUCUCCCCUUCUUAACUCCCAAACUCCUCGGUAUCCCCUCGCUGUGUUUCUCCUGCCUAGUCCUCCACCCACGUCCUCUUUACUUUGUUUCUCGUGGUGGCCUACUGUUUGGAAAGUUGAGAGGAUUCCCCUGCCUUGAUUUAUUGCUCUUUCAAGACCAGGAUUGGAGAUUGAGAGACGGA